GCUAAUGUUUUAGGUUAAGUCCAUUGAAAACAGAUGAAAAAUGCAGAAGAUUGUAGUUCCAAAAUGCACUAAUCCAAUCCGUUUUGUUGCACUAACCUCCUUCAUUUUGUGCUCAAUAUUGUUCUUCUUUGAUUACUCUGCCUUGUAUGAAACGAGAAAAAAUGAAGCCACCCUUUUAACCAAUGGCUUCUCCAAUUCCUCAUCCAUUUCUUCGUCACCCAUUUCUCUAAACCCCACCAAUGAUACAAAACCAGAAAAAGAAUCCAUUAAAACUCUGAGUACAAACUCCUCCAUUGACCAAAAACCAGAAAAACAAGCCAUUGUCAAAACUCAGACCAGUUCCUCCAACAUUUCUCCUCCAGCCAAAAGAUCAAGAAAAAGAGCUGCUCGUCGAAAAGGCAGAUCCAUAAAAACCAAACCAUCUCAUGAUGUUGAACUGCCAAAAACAGUACCAUUCAAAACAGAAGAUUCAUCAUGCAUAGGAAAGUACAUUUACAUUCAUAAUCUUCCCAAGAAAUUCAAUGAAGACUUAGUUCAGAACUGCAAAUUACCUCAUUUGAAAUGGUCAGAAGUUUGCAGAUUUGUGUGGGAAAACAUAGGAUUAGGCCCAAAACUUCAGAACCCCAAACGAGUUUUAACAAACAAAGGCUGGUUUUACACCAACCAAUUUGCCUUGGAAGUCAUUUUCCACCACAGAAUGAAGCAAUACAAGUGCUUAACAAAGGAUUCUUCAAAAGCAACAGCAAUUUUUGUGCCAUUCUAUGCAGGCCUUGAUGUUGGGCCUUAUCUUUGGGGAUUCAAUGCCUCAAUAAGGGACAAAGGCCCACUUGAAUUGGGGAAAUGGCUUUCACAAAGAUCAGAGUGGAAAGCCAAGUGGGGUAGAGACCAUUUCUUGAUUGGAGGAAGAAUCACUUGGGAUUUCAGAAGGAACAAUGAGAAUGACUCAGAUUGGGGCUCAAAGCUAAUGCUUUUACCAGAAGCCAACAACAUGACAAUGCUAACAAUAGAAACAGGUUAUUGGAACAAUGACUUUGCAAUCCCAUAUCCCACUGAUUUCCACCCUUCAAGUGACUCCCAGAUCAUAGAAUGGCAAAGGAAGAUGAAAAGACAGAAAAGACCCUUCCUUUUCUCCUUUAUAGGAGGACCAAGGCCAACACAAGAAACCUCCAUUAGAGGGGAGCUCAUAAAUCAAUGCAAAGCUUCAAAAAACUGCUUCUUUUUGGCCUGUAUACCUGGAGAGAAGAAAUGUGGUGAUCCUGUAGCAGUGAUGAACACCUUUAUGAAUUCUGUUUUCUGCUUGCAGCCACCAGGGGAUUCAUUUACAAGAAGAUCAAUUUUUGAUGCUAUUUUAGCUGGUUGUAUCCCUGUUUUCUUUCACCCUGGGACUGCUUAUGCACAGUACAUUUGGCACUUUCCAAAGGAUCACCAAAAAUACUCUGUUUUUAUUCCUUCAAAGAGGGUUAAACAGAAAGAGGUGAACGUAAGUGAGGUUUUGGAGAGAAUUUCUAGUAAGCAAGUUUUGGGGAUGAGAAAUCAGGUGGUUAGAAUGAUUCCUAGGGUGAUUUAUGCAGACCCCAGAUCAAAAUUAGAGAGUUUUGAGGAUGCUUUUGAUAUUGCAGUUAAGGGGAUUCUUGAGAGAGUGGAGAGGGUAAGGAAGGGGAUUGAGGAGGGUAAAGAUCCUACUGUUGGUUUUGCUGAUUUGAACAUGAAAAAGUUUGAAAUGCUUGGAUUUACAUAA